AUGGCAGAACCCACGCUUGCUGCUCUUCUUGCCCAGAUGCAAGCCAUGACCGCCGACCUUGCCGCGCUGAAGACCGACAUGGCCUCCGUGAAGGCACAGUCCGAGUCGUCCGGAUCAGGGGGCGCCGAUGGCCACCGUUCUGAUCCGCAGCUCUCGAUUCCUGAAGUUCUGUAUCAUCAGCAGGGGAGCUACUCCAUCGUGAAGAGCAAGAUGUCUGAUGUUAUUCCUCGGGAUUUUUCAAAGUUCACUUAUGUCGAUAGGCCCGUGUCCAAGUACGUUUUUGAGGUGCUUGAUCUUGAAAUUGGUGAGCAGACUCGUUUUAUUGCUUGUCCAAGGGUGGGUGGAUUAAGUGGAGUUUCAUCUCAAGAUAAAGUGAUGAGUGUUGCACGUGCUUGUAAGGAGCUUAUCCCUCAUAAUUUUGUCAAGAAGUUGAAAUUCUGUUAUGAUGAGGCCGACAGGACAGUGUAUUGCCUUGCUGAUAAUGAUCAAGUUUCUGAAAUCUAUUGUGCUUAUUCUGUUCGAGUUGGUGAAGUUAAUGUCACUUUUUGUAAAGUCAGUAGUAUUGUGAUGAGGAAGAAUUCAAUUAGAGCAUACCUUGAUGUUGAUAUUACUGUCAAGGGAAAUUGUUCUGGUUGUACUCUUGAAAAUGAAGUUGUCUCCUUAUUUGUUUUUGAGAAUCUAGACUUAGUCCCUGGAGAGCAGACAAGUGUCAUCGCUGUGAAAGAUUCGGACACUGAAGACAAGGUGAAGCUAGUUGUUAAGCUUGUUAGUCAAAGCCGUGGGCCUUCCUUUGUCAGCAAGUAUAAGUUUGGCCUCUUCGACAUUGGCCUGGCUACACUUUUUGAUGAUGAAGAUUGUCUAAAGAUUUUGUUCUAUGAAGCAUUUGUAAUUGUCUUUUAG